AUGGCCGAUCUGCAUCGGCAACUUAAACAACGCCUACUUUGGCGCACCUGGGCGGCAAUUGCGCGUCAAAGCGCGGCGGCUCGGACAGCCAAGCAGCGUAAGUUUGAACAGUGCCAAAGACUAAUCGACGAACAGCUGGCUCAAGCCGAGGCUAAGAGUACGAAGGACGGGAGUCACUCCCUUUACAAAGUCAUCCGUACCUUCAAGACAGGCAAACCUCAUGAAAGGGUGCAGCUCCGUGACGAGCAGGGCCGAUUUCUCACCACAAAGGAAGAACGCAGGGUCCUCGAGGAAUACUCAAAAGAUCUGUUUGGGACGGGAGAGGACUUUCAGCUGCAGGGUGCCAUUGGUUCCCUAGGAAUGACCCCCUCAGAUGUCAUGGAUCAGCUUCGGUCAAUUAAGCUGGGCAAGGCAGCGUUUGACAUGGUUGAUCGUAGACGUUUGCGAGCUCUCUACGACAUGACAGCCAGUGAUCAAGCCUUCAGUAUAGCCACUAGACGUGGCAUCAAGCAAGGGUGCAAGUUGGAAUCGCUCUGCUUAUGCGACCUGCUCCUGGACCAGCUCAUGGAGCUCGGCUUCAAAGUGAAUCCGGAAAAAUCGGCGCUGCUUCUUCAGCUGCACGGGGGCUCAGCACAGCAGAUCCGGCAAAGCCUAAUAAUCACCAAGCAGGGAGUCAAGUACGCCCAGCUCCCUUCCGGCAGGCUGAUUGCACUGAAACAACAGGUUCCUUACCUGGGAAUCAUUAUUUCAUACCAGGACUAUGAGAUGAAGUCUCUUCGACAUCGUCUGCAAGCCAGUAAAGCUGCAUUGAAGGAGGUAGCUCAUGCAGUCCGAAACAGCCGAGCCAUCACCGAAAAGCGCAGACUGUCGAUUUGGCGCAUCACCGCUUGGGCGUCGGCAAUGUACGGCCUGCACGUGGUGGGCUUAACACCGCAAGGUCUCGCCCAGCUAGAGUCGCACAUGAUUUUUCAGUUGCGUUUUGUUCUGAGGAGUUACUCCCAGAAUACGCACGAAAACAAUCAGCAGUUCAUUCAGUGCAGAGGCUUUAAGACGGCCAAAACCCAGGUGCUGCAGCGCCUGAAGCAGUUCAUUAAACGGCAGCACAAGGGAGACAAAGCAGCGCUUCUGCAGCACUAUCUGCCCAGGGCUGAGAGGCUAUCGGACAGCAUGCAUCACCUUGUCGCAGCAAUCAGAACGAGCGACGCAGAGCAACAGCAACAACAAGUGUGCACAGAAUGUGGAUCUCUCUUCAUGGGCACAGGCCCACGAUUCGACCCCAAAAAGCACACUAAGGCUUCCACUUGUCCGCGAGUGAGCGUGCUACUUCAGAAUGUGGAAGAGGCCGAGACCCCUUUGACUGAGCUAGAUCAGGUGCAUGAGAACGUCAAGCAGGAGGCCUUUCGUGACCCAGUUAUGCGCAGAGUCCAACAAAUCAUCACACCACGACUUCAGCUUCAUAAGGUCAUGAUGAAGAAGGGGAGCACCUGCCGCUACUGCAGAACCAAGAUUGAUGCUCCUGGCAGACACUCCGAGCAGUGCGCCAAGCCAAAGUCAAAGGCGACGCAGGCCCAGGUAGCGUAUCGAACCAGCCAAUUAGCACGAAUUACACCCGAGCACCAUUCCCUGGAGCCAGUCAUACGAGGCUGGACAUUCGACGGGAAUCAGCAGGACGCAGCUGAGUUUCUUAGUACAAUACUCCCGAAUCUCUCCAGCACAAAGGUUGGAUGCUGGGAGACGCGGUCUCCUAUGGAGACUGGCUACGUGGUUGACGAAGAAGGGACCUCCCCAAUAUUCCUGAAUGUACCGCUGACCGAGGAUCUUCAAAUCAUGAUUAACCAAUGGUGCAGGCAGUCGCCAGUGCGCGCCCUGGUUGCAGCGGAGCAGUUCGUAUUCCUAGCCUUGCCAAGGUACGCAGGAGAUGGUAAGAACAGCAGUCCCAUCCAACUCUCGGAGGCACUGCAGCUUCCUGUUUAUGAAGGCGCAGGAUCAACUCUGACCUGGCAUCCCUUCAGAAUUCGGGCUGGCGUGGUCCAUCUGGGAGCAGAGCCCACCUCAGGGCAUUACAGGAGUUUCGUCCGAGCUGAUGCACAGUGGUACCUAGGUGACGACUCCAGUCCCCCCUCUGCGUGCCAGCUCACCGAUCCGCUGAUCUCAGGCAAUUGCUAUCUCUUGCUACUUGAGCGUCAGCAAGCGUUGCCAAAAAUGUCACUGGAAGAUUUCUUCCGGGGCGCGCCCAUGUCCGAUAUAUCUUCAAAGCGCGGCGAGGCCCCGAAUCAGACUGGUGGAGAUUCUCCCCAGAAGCGACCGCGGAGUGGAGUAACUCCCUCAAUCAAGGGACAGGGCAAAGGCAAGCAAGCUGGACAGCGGCGCAGAGACGGUAAGACGUCCGACAUGCCAGAAGAUGAUCUCGUGAAUGCAGUGGCUAGGCUCGUCAUACGACAUGACGAGCAACUGCUUGCGCUGACAUCUGAUCUUUGCUACAUCUCCUAUGUCCGCGCAGAGGCCCAUUCUGUUUUGCAGGAGCUUCAUGAAGAGAGCAAACGUCAACGAGGCAUGAUGGCCCCUCCCUCGCCCCCGAGACAUGCGCUGACUCUCCGAUUCUUCCAGGCUCUCAAACAAAGAGUUAUGAAGGUAAGCCAGUCAGAGACGGUGCAGCAGAAACUUAAGCAAGAUGGUGUGUUGACUCUGCACGGGGAAUGGCCUUACUUCGAAUGGAGCUCGGAAAGCCAGUCAAUGGUAGAAUCCCUGGAGGAUCCGCUGAGUAUGUCUCAGCUGCUCUCUGGGCUGGGCGAUGUUAUCUCGCGGCUUGAAGCAGACACGACUCAGGUGACAAUGUUUAAGACGUCCCGACCUAUUGGCGACAAGAUGACAGGUGGCCCGGUACGCGAGCAGGGGGGAGAGUCCGAAUGCCUGGGAAUAAAGUGCGUUGGACUGCAUAAGCGCCUGGCUAGCAGCAUUGACUCUUUCGCGUUAUCCGAGGUUUGGCGUGGAGCCAGAUUGCCCUGCACGCAUAGGUUCAACAUGCUCAAGGUGCUCCUUCCGGUAUUGGCAGCGUUGUAUCAUGAGACUGAGGUCCCGGCCGGUAGCGAGUCACUCCCCGGUUCGUACAUCACGCAGGUGCAGUCCUUGAUCCAAGCGAAGCUGGUGAAGAUCAAGGCACAGUUGUUCCUUCUUGCGGCGGAGUUACUCCCCGCAGACAAGCUGAAGCGCCUGCAUGCGUACUGUGAGACCCUAAGGGGGUACGAUGAGUGGCAGGAGAUUAAGCUGCAGCGGAGACACUCCCUCGGCCAGGUAGCGAUGAUGUACUACGCGAUGGCUAAGUCGCGAGAGCCUACAGAAUUGGGCUGGUCGAGGUUGGCGGGCUUCCUCUACGAUUUGGAAGGCGCGUCCCGUGAAACCCAAAUUCUCGGGCAUACGCAGUCUCUGUUGCCGGACAACAUUCGCCAUCAGUUCGAACUGGAUGCCGAGAUCAUGCGACAGCGCCUUUUCAGGGAAGACGCUGAGUUAAACGCGGCGAUAGCAGAGUGGGACCUGAAGCGCAGUGAGCUCCUCAACGAGGAGUGGUGA